UAUACAUUUUUUAUCACAUACCCAAUUCUGUUGCCUGUGAUUGGGAACUAAGAAAAAAAAGGCAAAGCUGUAGUUGAAAGGCGUAUGGUACUCUUAAUUGAAGCAUACAUUCGCUUCCUGACACACCAACACGGACAGAACAGAGAAGCCGAUUUCUGUUGCUGACGCGGAAUACUUCCAUAUACUUCCGGGUUGCUGCACUGUCGUGCAGAAUAUCUUUCAGACUAGACGCACAAGAAUAUCAGAAUUCAAGGCUUGAUUAGAUGGAGUUGGAUCUCAUCUCCGUGCUGUGGUAUAUUAUUUUGAUUUACGUCAUCGUUCAGCUGGUGCGGUUCAUCAGGGCUGAUGCAGACCUCACAUUGCUUUGGGCAGAGUCUUUCGGAAACAAGCCCGACAAGCUGUGUGGCAAAGUCGUGUGGAUUACCGGGGCGUCCAGCGGAAUAGGGGAGGAGCUGGCUUAUCAGCUGGCAAAAACCGGAGCUUCGCUCAUUCUGUCUGCAAGAAGAGAGAACGAGCUUCACAGAGUAAAGCAGAACUGCAUUGAGCAGAGCAGGUUACAAGAAAAGGAUAUUCUUGUUCUUCCACUUGACUUGACCGCAAGGGGCUCCCAUGAAGCAAUAACAAAAACGGCCAUUGAGCACUUUGGAAAAAUCGAUAUCUUGUUGAAUAACGGUGGCCGUUCCCAGCGAUCCCUGUGCUUGGAAACUGACCUCGAUGUUUACCAGGCUUUAAUGGAACUCAACUACCUGGGGACAGUCUCACUGGUAAAGUGUGUGCUGCCUCAUCUGGUGGAGAGGAAGAGAGGGCAGAUUGUGACCAUCAGCAGCGUGGCCGGGUUGGCUGGAGUCCCUCUUGCUUCGGGGUAUUCCGCUAGUAAACAUGCCCUGCAGGGAUUUUUCAACUCUCUCAGGUCUGAGCUGGCGGAUUUUCCAGAAAUCACAAUCAGCAGUGUUUGUCCAGGUCCUGUCCAGUCACAGAUUUUAAAAAAUGCUUUCACAGGAGACUUGGGAAAGGCUGUGAAUUCUGACGCAGAUCAGUCUCACAAGAUGUCUACGUCACGCUGCGUCCGCCUCAUUCUGGUUGGGAUGGCUAACAAUGUGAAGGAGAUGUGGAUAUCGGAACAACCUUUCCUGCUAUUCAACUACAUGUGGCAGUAUACACCGACUUGGGCCUGGUGGAUCACAGAUCUAUUCGGGAAAAGAAGAGUGAAAAACUUCAAAGCUGGAAUGGACGCUGACUUCUCCUAUUUCACAAAGGCAAAGACUUCCUGAAGCUGCUUUGUACAGACUUUUCUCUUGCGAAAUUCAGCCAAACUAAACUGUUGUGCUUCGUGAUCAUGAAAAGUUUCAAUAAAGUGUUGAGUAACUUUCAA